UGGCUUCCUCCAGCCUACCUCGCCGCCUCUUUUAGAACGCGGAGCUCGUCCUGCAACGUUCGGAGAAUAGAACCUCGAGCUCCCCAACGUUCUAUAUUGCAAGAAGCAGCAGCGGCUCUGGUCCAGCCUUAUCUUUUUUUUUAAAAAAAGGGAAAGUGUGGGGGAAGUGAUUUAAGGGGGGGAAAAACAGACAAGAUGAGGGAAAUCGUACAUAUUCAAGCUGGGCAAUGUGGUAACCAGAUCGGUGCAAAGUUCUGGGAAGUGAUCAGUGAUGAGCAUGGAAUUGACCCCACUGGAACCUAUCAUGGGGACAGUGAUUUACAGCUGGAUCGUAUCAGUGUUUACUACAAUGAAGCCACUGGUGGCAAGUAUGUCCCUCGUGCUAUCUUGGUUGAUCUGGAGCCGGGAACUAUGGACUCCGUGAGGUCUGGACCUUUUGGGCAGAUAUUCCGACCAGACAAUUUUGUAUUUGGCCAGAGUGGAGCUGGUAACAACUGGGCCAAAGGUCACUAUACGGAAGGCGCUGAGCUUGUGGAUUCAGUCCUGGAUGUAGUGAGGAAGGAAGCCGAGAGCUGCGAUUGCCUGCAGGGUUUCCAGCUGACCCACUCUCUGGGUGGUGGAACCGGUUCAGGGAUGGGAACCUUACUCAUCAGCAAGAUCCGGGAGGAAUACCCCGACCGUAUCAUGAACACCUUCAGUGUGGUGCCAUCUCCUAAAGUCUCUGAUACCGUGGUUGAGCCAUACAAUGCCACCCUCUCGGUGCACCAGCUGGUGGAGAACACGGAUGAGACCUACUGCAUCGACAACGAGGCCCUCUAUGACAUCUGCUUCCGGACCCUCAAGCUCACAACUCCCACCUACGGCGAUUUGAACCACCUGGUCUCGGCUACCAUGAGCGGCGUGACCACCUGCCUCCGCUUCCCCGGUCAGUUGAACGCCGACCUCCGCAAGCUGGCGGUCAAUAUGGUCCCCUUCCCCCGGCUCCACUUCUUCAUGCCUGGCUUCGCUCCCUUGACCAGUCGUGGCAGCCAACAGUAUCGGGCCCUGACUGUGCCGGAGCUGACGCAGCAAGUUUUCGACGCCAAGAACAUGAUGGCCGCCUGCGACCCCCGCCAUGGCCGCUACCUGACUGUGGCCGCCGUCUUCCGGGGCCGCAUGUCCAUGAAGGAAGUAGACGAGCAGAUGCUGAACGUGCAGAACAAGAACAGCAGCUACUUCGUUGAGUGGAUCCCCAACAACGUCAAAACCGCCGUGUGUGACAUCCCUCCGCGAGGGCUCAAAAUGGCCGUCACCUUCAUCGGCAACAGCACAGCCAUCCAGGAGCUCUUCAAGCGCAUCUCCGAGCAAUUCACAGCCAUGUUCCGACGCAAGGCCUUCCUCCACUGGUACACAGGUGAGGGCAUGGACGAGAUGGAGUUCACAGAGGCAGAGAGCAACAUGAACGACCUGGUCUCUGAAUACCAGCAGUACCAGGACGCCACGGCUGAGGAAGAGGAGGAUUUCGGUGAAGAGGCUGAAGAAGAAGCUUGAGGUUUUAUCUGCUCCUGUUUAAAAAAAAAAGUUAAAUAAAUCCGCACAAAAUAAAAAUAAAAGAAAAAUUGCAUCUCCAUGUUCUACUUCUUUUUUUUCCUUCUUAAGCUUAAUCUGUCUUUCUUUACUCUUAAGCUCCUCUUACAGCGCAGUCUAAAGUUUGUCUCAGCUUUUCUAUUCUUCUUGGUGGUGGUGGUGGUGGGUAGCUUAUGGUUGAUAACCAAGUUGGCCAGGGUGUGUCUCUCAAGAAGUCCACUCGGUGAGGUCACUGUGAAAGGAAGAGGUUCCCAUGUCAAGGGCUGGAGAGGUAUGGCCCUCCAGAUGCUAUUGGACUUCCACUACUCUCAGUCAUAGCCAGGGAGUCAACGGGGAAGCAUGAUGGGACUUGUAGUUCAGCAACAUUUGGAAUGCCCCUGAUUUCCUACUCUUAUUUUCAUCUGCUGGUUAUCACCAAAUUUAUCAGACUCCAGAAGGAUGGAAUGAAAAUUCUUUUCUCAUCCUGGUCUUUAACACUAGCCGUCAUUGAAUGAAAUGAGGGAAGGGAAUAAGGUUGAGGGCCACUGAUAACAAAAGCAUGUGAGGAACGCUGGACAGAUGGGACCAGCUGGACGUUAAGACUUCAGAACUGGUAUGGUCCAAACAGAGCGGGUGCAAGAUUGAGGACGGCUACCUUUUGGACCUCAUACUAUACAUAUAUAAAGGCAACUGUCUUAAAAUAGAUUCAUGCUCCUGAAAUGUGUGUGCGCUUAUUUCUGGGAAAAGGGGCCAUGGGAGAUAGAACAGAUUUUAAACCAAAUAAAAUUGAUUUAAGUGAAAGCUGGUUAAAUGGGACAACAUUCUAGGAGUGUACACAGAUAUCCGGGGCUGGUUUUGGUAAUGCAAAUUUACAGUAGGAAAAUACUAAGUGUGCUGGUGUUCCUCUCUUCCUCAAUUUUCCUCUGAAGUUUCUGUUCCUCUAGAUGCCUGCACUCUAUUCUCAGCUCUAAAGUAACUCAAAAGGGGAGGGGGGGCUAUAUGAAGGCCUGAGGGUCACUUCCCUGCUUCUGAUUUUCUGCAAACGCUUAACAAAAGCCUGACAAGCUAUUUUAAAACUUGUGUCCUAUCUUCAAAAGCCUUGAAGUAAAUAACGUUUUUGUCCCAUGUGUUGCUUUCAUUUGCUCCCUCCAGUUCUGUGUAAUAUUUGGAGAUGGUGACUAGUCAUAAGCAGAGAAAUUGGGUAUGUUCUGCUUCUAGAGGACCCGGUUCUUCAACCGGAGCCUCCCCUGGAUGUGUUGGGUUGCACACCUAUCCUCUCCAAUCAGCAUGCCCAAGUGGACAUUGGGAAUUGUAGUCUUGACAGAUCUACCGGAUUUCAGAUAGGGGAGGCUAAUGUGUGACCAUUGUGUCUGAUACAUGUCUUCUGAGGGGAGUUGGAAUGAACCAAAAUAGUAGUCUGAUAAAGAAUUUCUGCAUUUUCAGCCUCUUUAAGUAUGAAAGCUGGUGCCAGGAAUGAAAGUUCUCAUUAAAAUAGUUGGCUGCUUUUUAGAUGUUUCCCCCCC